AUGAGUGACUUGAUGUCACCCAAGCCUCAAAUCCUGCUCAAUGGAGAAGAGCAUGAACCGCUCCAGGACAAGGCAACGAUCAGCGAUCAGACAGAGGAGUCAAGUCUGGAGGAAGAAAACAAGGAGCAGAGUGAGACCCAAGUCAAGAUUCAGUCUAUUUUGCAGCAGGUACGUAAGCAGAUAAGAUCACAGGGUGGUGCGAGGACUCCUAAAAGCAACAUACUAGCACUUGUUCAAAAGGUCUGGGAGAAAGAAGUGACUGGGGAUGUUGAGAAUGACAUCAGUGAAGAGGAGAGACAAGAUGAGAGGAACAAUCAGAGGGAGGAGGAAGAUGAGUGUGCCACUUUGGAAAGGAAACUUGAGGCCAGUAAAAAGGCACUGAAGGAGGAGUUUGAAGCUCAAAUAUUGCAGCUAAGAAAUGAAAUGCAAGUUUACACUGAUCAAGCUAUUAAGGAGUUGGAGAGUAAGAUGUUGAAGGAUAUAAAUGUGAGCUCAAGUCCAAAGGAACAAACAAAAGUAGGUCCAGAAAAGAAGCUUCCCUCUUCAGCAGUUCCUCCAGUGGCUUUGAGACGAGGGAGGGUGCUGACCCGGACCAUGACCACUAUCAUCCCUAAAACAUGCACUCCUGUCAUUGUGUGUCCAAGAGCCAAAUCUGAAUCUCUGGCCUCUUCAAAAGUCCGACUGGGUCGAGACAACAUCCUCAGAUCAACAACAGCAAAGCCCAGUCAAUGUGGCAGGCCUCUUCCCCCAGCAGCACCACGGCAGCCAAAAAGACCUGCUCAGGCCAAAACUAAAACCGUAAACUGA